GUCGAGCGUCGACAUUUUGAGCACUAACAAUUAAAAGUAACGGCGGUUGACGCAACAUUUAACGUUGCCAUGUGGAUCCAACUACUGAAACUUCACUGCACGCUGCUUGUUGGAUUGCUGUUUGGCAGCGGGAAAGCUGCUGGCUUGCUGGAUGCCUCAUUAGCAGUUAUAGAAGCAGGCGGCGUUGCAGCACGGCAACAGGAACAGAUGGCAGCAAAAGCUGUGCUCGACAUGGUGCCAGCAUCAGCACGCGGCAGUUUUCUGCUCUACCAAUUAGCAAAGGCCAUAAAUUCUGGCAACUACCCUUGGCUGGAGCCGCAACGUCAAUUUCUCGGUCUGGAGUUGCAGGAGCAAGAACAGGAACUGAUUGUGGAGCAGCAAGUCGAUGUUGUGGACUCCAGCUGGAUGGCCGCAAUGGCAAAUGAAUUUCAGUAUGUGCCCGUUUAUGAGAAUUUUCCGCUGGACUUACAGUCGUGGUUAAUGGACAGUUAUAGUCUCGAUGCCAUCGAUGUGUAUGAUGGCUGGAUGCGAAGCACUCGACGCUCUGGUGUCGGUGGUCAGGAGAUUUGCAAUGCCGCUGGUCAGUGCUUUGAGGUGGCGCAAAUAGUCGACGCCUGUUGUCCAUUUUGAGGAUAAUAAAAUUCAUUUUGAAAUCGCGAAAAAGAAUAGUGAAGUGUUCUUGACUGUGAGA